GCUGUCCCUGUCACCAUGCGGUGUCCCCUCUGCGGCUGUCUGUCCCCCGCCUGUCCCCGCGUCCCUCUGUCCCGCACAGCUGCCAUACCUGUGCUCUCCUGUCCCGCCCCAGGUGCCACCUGUCCCCUCCGCCCCGCGCUCUGUCCCCGCCUGUCACAACCCCAAGUUCAAGGUUCAAACUCCACGCGGCCCUUCCUGGGACCGCCGGCGACACGCGGGGAUGGAGGGGACACGCGGAGACCGCUGGGGACACGCGGGGACCGGCGGGGACACUCGGGGACCCGGUGUCCCCUCCCUGCGUGGGGACAAUUCCCCGUCACUGACAGCACCGGGGGACACCGGCUCAGCCGUGUCCCUGCCGAGCCCCCCGGGCACGGAGCGCAGCCCCCGGGACCCCCGUGGGGACACGGAGCCCGACGGGGACAAAGUGUGCGCCGUGUGUGGGGACAGGGCCAACGGGUACCACUUCCACGUCAUGAGCUGCGAGGGCUGCAAGGGCUUCUUCAGGCGCUCCAUCAUCAAAGGUGUCCGGUUCACGUGUCCCCUGGCGCGGCGCUGCCCUGUCACCAAGGCCAAGCGGCGACAGUGCCAGGCCUGUCGCCUCCAGAAGUGCCUCGACGUGGGCAUGAGGAGGGACAUGAUCAUGUCGGAGGAGGCGCUGCGGCGGCGGCGGGAGCUGCGGGGACAGCGGGGCCAGCCCGGGGGACAGCGGGGACAGGAGGGCCAGCGGGGCCAGCCGGGACUGACGGCCGAGCAGCAGGAGCUCAUCGCGCUCCUCAUCGCCGCCCACCAGCGCACCUUCGACUCCAGCUUCUCCCAGUUCAUGCGCUGCUGGCCCGCCGUGCGCCUGCUGGUGCCCAGCCCGCCGGGCGCGGGUGUCGCCGCGGGGGUGUCGCUGUCGCCGUGCGAGGAGGCGCUGCCGGACGUGCUGUCGCUGCUGCCGCAGUUCGCCGACCUGAGCACGUUCAUGAUCCAGCAGGUGAUCAAAUUCGCCAAGGAGAUCCCGGUCUUCAGGUGCGCGGGGCGGGGACGCGGCGGGGCAGCGGCGGCCCGGUGCCACCCCCUGACGCGUGGCCGUGUCGCCGUGUCGCCGUGUCCCCUCCCGCCAGGAGUUUGCCGCUGGACGCCCAAAUCUCGCUGCUGAAAGGGGCCACGCUGGGGAUCUGCCAGAUCCGCUACAACACCGUGUUCAACGCCGACACCAAGGCCUGGGAGUGCGGCCAGCGCUGCUACACCAUCCGCGACGGGGCCCUGGCCGGCUUCCAGCAGGUGUACCUGGAGCCGCUGCUCAAGUUCCACGAGAGCCUGCGGCGCCUGCGGCUGCACGAGGCCGAGUACGCCCUGCUGCAGGCCAUGCUGCUCUUCUCGCCAGACCACGGCGGCAUCGCCCAGCGCGACGUCAUCGACCGCUUCCAGGAGAAGGUGGCCCUGACCCUCAAGAGCUACAUCGACCACCAGCACCCCCCCCACGAGGGCAGGUUCCUGUACGCCAAGCUGCUGCUGCUGCUGACGGAGCUGCAGACGCUGAAGGUGGAGAACACGCGGCAGAUCCUGCACAUCCAGGACCUGUCGGCCAUGACGCCGCUGCUCUCCGAGAUCAUCAGCUGAGCCUGGCCCCCCGUGUCACCCCCCGGUCCCCAAGCGUCACCCCCGGCCGCCACCGGGCACAGAGUAAAGCUCCUUUAUUUA